AUGUUAAUAAUUAAAAAAUUAGUUUUAUUAAUAGUUUUAAUUUCUUUUGUUUCAUGCAUACACUCUGCAAAUACAACUCCAGAAAAAUGUUUAAAUUCACUACAAAGAUAUUUUGUUGAAGGUGAAAAUGUUGGUAUUGAAAUAACAUAUGUAGAUCCAAGUGGAAAUGUAGUAUAUAUGAGAGGUAAUUCAAAGACAGGAUAUAUGUUUUCUCAAGAUUUAGCAAAUGUAGAUUCUUAUGCCGGUUUAAGUAGCCAAAAUCAAGAUUGUUUUGAUGGAAAAACCCAACCAUUUAGUGCUAAAAGAACAGUUCAAGGUUUUUAUGAUUCAAGAUCAUUCCGUAUUAGUAAAGCCGGUGUUGCCACUGUAAAUAAUGAAGCAACACUUCGUACAUUCCAACUUACCGAUUGUAAUGACCAAGGAAAUGUUUAUAGUGGUUAUACAGAUACUGGUAGAUUAUAUACAUUCCAUUUAACAUCAGGUAAAAAAUAUGAUUUGGUUGCUUUACAAUGCUAA